AUGACAAAAAAAAAUGCGAAAGACACGAAAUUAGACGAUGAUGAAGACAUGAAAUUAGACGAUAAAAAUGAUAAAUUAGACGAUAAAAACACAAAAUUAGACGAUAAAAAUGAUAAAUUAGAUGAUAAAGACACGAAAUUAGAUGAUAAAAAAAAUCAUGACAACAAUAAUAUUAAAAAAAUACUUCUUGGAUAUCUUAGGGAAUUUCCCCAAGGUAAAUUUAACGGCUCGCUGGAGGAUAAUAAUCUGUUGGAUAAGAUGAUAAAAUUAUCUACAGAACUGUCAGAUGCGCAAAAAGUAGAGUAUCAAAAGAUUAGAAUUUCUAUUAAUGACAUUUACAAGGACGAAGAAUGCGAUCACUAUUUUGUUGAUCUGGAUGAUCUAGAGUAUAAAAGUGUCUUUCUCGAUACGUCAAAAGCAUCUUUUGAGGAUGUUGAGCAAUUGGUUGCGAAAUUAGCGACAGAUGAUAUCAAAGUCUUGUUAAAUUCAACACGUGAUUUUGUGAAGGAUGAUGUAGAAUUACUGAAAAGAAUUGAUGAUAAGCUUAACAAGAAACGCAAACCACUCAAGGUUAGCAAUAGCGAGUUUAAGAAAUUAAUUAAACAGUUUAGAAUAGGAGUGGUUGUCACGAUUAAUAAACCAGGACUAUUGGAGGCGAUAGACUCUGUUAUAUCAUGUUAUAAAGAGCUGGUUAAAACGAAUGAGGAUGAGUUAAACGAUAUAAAAAAAUUGGUGAUUGAACAGUUUUACAAACAACCUGAUCUUACUGGAAUGGGAGCAUUCUUUAGAUUUGCUUCUGAAGGAGAUUUUAAGUAUAAAAUAUCACUGGACCCAUUAAACAAGCAUCAGUUUGUCUACGUGAUCUAUCGAAUUUUGGUCGAACGUGAACUUGGGGAAUUAUGUGAAGAAAAUGAAUUGUUAAGAAAGAGAAAUGAGCACUUGCAAAAUUAUCAAAAUCAAGUUUCGGAGAUAUUAGCCUAG